AUGCUCACAACAUCAUGGAUAUGCCGCAAUUGUCUGUCGCGCAUUGCUCGCCCGUUCAUAAAUCGCAGUAUUCGGCUCCAGAGUAGUGCUGCGACAUCCGAGUCCAUACCCCCAGCCCUCCUCACAAGAGCCCGCGCAAUCGUUUCCGAGCACAAAGAAUUGACAGAAAAGCUCUCCAAUGGCUUCGACACGCGAGCGGCGAAGAAGCUCGGCGAAUACAGCCCGAUCGUGAAUGCGUUGGGUGAGUGGGAUAAGGCCAACGAGUCUGUGACAGAGCUCACAUCGAUGAUACACGACUCCUCGACCGAUCCCGAACUACGAUCACUCGCUUCCGACGACCUUGGAGAAACCCGAACACAGCUCGCCAAUGCUUCACAGAACCUCAUCACCUCUCUGGUGCCGGUACAUCCGUUUGCACACCUCCCAUGUCUUCUGGAAAUACGGCCUGGCGCAGGCGGAUCAGAGGCAGCUAUAUUUGCCGGGGACCUCUUCCGCAUGUACUCAGCCUUCUGCAACCGCAAUGGCUUUCGCACAAAUCUUCUCAAGUAUGAGAACAUAAACGGCACGACUGAAGCUGGGGUACCGCUAUCAGAAGCCAUCAUCGAGGUGGAGAACGAUGGCGCAUAUGGAGUCUUCCGAUGCGAAGCAGGCGUACACAGAGUGCAGCGCGUGCCUGCCACUGAGGCCAAAGGACGUACACACACGAGCGCGGCAUCCGUACACGUGCUACCUAGUGUACAGGAAAACUCUGCAGAAGAGCAGGACUUCGAAGACCCUGAGAGCGACUACUACAUCGACGUAAAAGAGGUCAAACUAGAAGUCAUGAGGGCAAGCGGUGCCGGUGGCCAGCACGUCAACAAGACCGAGUCAGCAGUUCGGCUAACGCAUAUCCCAACAAACACGGUCGUCGCGAUGCAAGAUUCUAGAUCCCAGCACAAGAACAAAGAGAAGGCAUGGGCGCUUCUGCGCUCGCGUAUCGCCCAGUUAAGACGCGAGAAACGCGAAGAGGAGAUGGCCAAUAUGCGACGAAGCGUUAUUGGCGUGGCGAAGAUGGGCCGCGGUGACAAGGUGCGGACCUACAACUGGGGGCAGCAGCGCGUCACCGACCAUAGGAGCGGAACCACUGUGCAUGAUUUAGACGAUGUAAUGGGUGGUGGCCAGACGCUUGAGAAGGUCAUGGAGAGUGUCCGCAGCUGGCUCAUGGAGCGAGAUGUUGAAGCCUUGAUCGCGGAUGAUGCUGGAUCGAAGGAUAAGAAGUGA